AUGGGAGUUAGGAAUUUAUGGGACAUUCUCGAUUCUUGCAAGAAAACGGUUCCUCUUCAUCGUCUCCAGAACAAAAGGGUGUGUGUAGAUCUAUCGUGCUGGGUGGUUCAGCUUCAUAAAGUGUCCCAUGCUUGUUUGAAUGAGAGGGUUUAUCUUAGAGGUCUCUUUCACCGUCUUAGAGCUCUCAUUUCCCUCAAUUGCACCGUCGUUUUCGUUUCAGACGGGUCAAUACCUGCCAUCAAAUUAUCAACUUAUAGGCGUCGCUUAAACAAUGUAAAGGAGGUAGAUCAAAACGAAUCUAAUACACAGAAUGCGAUAUCUUUAAGAAGAAAUUUGGGGUCUGAGUUUUCAUGUAUGAUCAAAGAGGCUAAAGCCUUAGGGAUGGCUCUAGGCGUCUCUUGUUUGAAUGGGAUUGAAGAAGCUGAAGCUCAGUGUGCUUUGUUGAACUCUGAAUCAUUAUGUGAUGGAUGUUUCAGUUCAGAUUCAGAUAUAUUUCUUUUUGGUGCAAGGACGGUGUACAGGGAAAUUUGCCUCGGUGAUGGCGGAUAUGUUGUAUGCUAUGAGAUGACAGACAUUGAAAAUAAACUUGGAUUUGGAAGGGAUUCAUUGAUUGCUCUCUCCUUGCUUCUUGGCAGUGACUAUCAUCAAGGAGUUCAUGGUUUAGGUCCGGAGUUAGCUUGUCAGAUAGUAAAAUCAAUCGGGGACAAAGAUGUUCUAAAAAAAUUUGCUUCUGAAGGACUUGGAUGGGUGAAAAAAAGAAAAGGAGUUCAAAAUAAUAUAGGAAGAGAUGAUACCAUUAUACAAGUGAUUGAUGCUUAUUUGAAGCCAAAAUGCCACUCGGCAGAUUCAGAUUUUGUGCUCAAGGCUCAUUCUCAGUAUCCAUUUCAACGUACUAAGCUCCAUCACAUAUGUGCUGUAUACUUUGGAUGGCCUUCGGAGAGAACAGAUGGAUACAUCCUUCCUUGUAUAGCAGAAAGGGAUUUACGACAAUUUGCCAAUUUGCGAUCAACUUCGUCUGAACUUGGGUUGAACCUUCCUUUACAUGAGAUCCCUGUGAAAUGUCCCGUGUCAGAAAUCAUCAAGAGUCGAAAACUGCAUGGGAGAGAGUGCUUCGAGGUUUCAUGGGAAGACAUGGAUGGACUUGAGACAUCAAUAGUACCUGCAGAUCUUAUAGAAAGUGCAUGUCCGGAGAAGAUUUUGGAAUUUGAGGAGAAAAAAUUGCUGCGGAAGAAACAAAAUGUUCAAAAAAGAAGACCUAAGAAAAAGGAAACCACGCCUUCUCAGGCCGAGCUUGACCUAAAACUGCAGAACCUGUUGUUAGAUGAUAAUUUGGAAGACAAUACCAAUCACGACGCCAGUGAUUCUAUUGAGAGGAUAUUAGAAGAAACAACUUCUAUGGUUGAUGCUAUUCUAAACACAGAAAAAUCGAUGUCAUCACAUGAUGACGAUGACAUAGAAAACAUUGGAUGGACUCCGAAUAUCAGCAACAUAUCAAGCAUGACAGGCAAUGAGUGUGUUUCUAGUACAGACAAAAGUGUGGUGAUAGAUCUUUUGAGCCCUACUCCAUUUAAGCCAUCAAAUAAUUCAAAAUUUAAUUCAUCAAGUGAACAAAAUAUUGAAGUGAUUAAUUUGAGUGAUUCAGAAAAUGAGGUGUCACCUGAACACAAGCAGAAAGCUAAAGAGUUGAGAUUGUUUUUAACAAGUAUUAGAAAUGAAAUCCAUUGA